GGCCAAAAGUCACGGUUGAGUGUUUCUUUCGCAGCACAGUUCGACACGGAGCGGUCCUGCAGACACCUUUCACUCAUAUUCAUUCAUUUCUCCAUCUGAUCAUGUCUGUGCCUUUGAGAUUCGACGGCAGGGUGGUGCUGGUGACCGGAGCAGGCGGAGGUUUGGGAAGGGAAUACGCACUGGCUUUCGGGCAGAGAGGAGCCGCUGUCGUCGUCAAUGAUCUGGGUGGAGAUAUCAAAGGUGGAGGCAGGAGCUCAGCAGCUGCUGAUAAAGUGGUGGAGGAGAUCAGAGCUGCUGGAGGGAAGGCUGUAGCCAACUAUGAUUCAGUGGAGGAUGGAGAGAAGCUCAUCCAGUCGGCGCUGGACGCAUUCGGACGAAUAGAUGUGGUGGUGAAUAACGCUGGGAUUCUGCGGGAUCGCUCGUUCGCGCGCACCAGUGAUGUGGACUGGGAUCUAAUUCAGCGUGUUCAUCUCAGAGGCUCGUUCCUCGUCACCAGAGCCGCUUGGAACCACAUGAAGCAGCAGAAGUUUGGCAGGAUCAUCAUGACCUCAUCCGCCGCAGGGAUUUAUGGGAACUUUGGGCAGGCGAACUACAGCGCGGCGAAGCUGGGUCUGCUGGGUCUGGCAAACACACUCGCCAUCGAAGGACAGAAGUACAACAUCCACUGCAACACCAUCGCCCCCACUGCAGGGUCCAGACUCACCGAGACCGUCAUGCCUCCAGAUCUGGUGCAGUCUCUGAAGGCAGAGUACGUGGCGCCGCUGGUGCUCUGGCUCUGUCAUGAGUCCUGCCAGGAGAACAGUGGCCUGUUUGAGGUGGGCGCCGGCUGGAUCGGCAAAUUGCGCUGGGAGAGGAGUCUGGGUCGUAUCGUCCGUCAGAAGAGUGAGUGUGUGACACCGGAGACUGUGAGAGACGCCUGGAGAGACAUCUGUGACUUCACUAAUGCUACUAAACCUGCUAGCAUACAGGAGUCGCUGCAGACGCUGGUGGAGGUUUUGUCCAGAGUGGAGGAUGAGAGAAAAAUCGGAGCAAACCCAACAGCAGUCGCAACAAACCCUGCGCAGGCUAUCGGGCAUGUGCUGCCGGACAUGACGUUCACACACACACACAUGAACUGUAUCCUGUACGCUCUGGGAGUGGGCGUGUCCAGCAGAGACCCCCAGCAGCUGCAGUUCCUCUAUGAGGGACACACACACUUCUGCUGCCUGCCCACGUUCGGGGUGAUCCCGGCGCAGGGGGCGCUGCUGGGGCUGGGAAGCGUCCCGGGGCUCGACAUCGACUUCACCAGGCUGCUGCAUGGAGAGCAGUACCUGGAGCUGUUCAAGCCUCUGCCCACAUCAGGAACUCUGACAUCUCGAGCCACAGUGUCGGAUGUGCUGGAUAAAGGCUCCGGGAUGCUGAUCCUGCUGGACGUGCACACGUACAGCGAGCAGGAGCUGCUGUGUUAUAACCAGUUCUCUGUGUUCAUCGUGGGCUCUGGAGGAUUCGGAGGGAAGCGAGCGUCCCAGAAGGCCGUGGCUACAGCGGCUGCUCCAGACAGACCUGCAGACGCUGUGGUGGUGGAGGAGACGUCUAGAGAUCAGGCUGCUCUGUACAGGCUGAGUGGAGACUGGAACCCACUGCACAUUGACCCCAACUUCGCCGCUAUGGGAGGCUUUCAGUCUCCAAUCCUUCACGGUUUGUGUUCGUUUGGUUUCGCGGCGCGGCACGUCCUCAAGCAGUACGCAGGAAACGACGUCUCCAGAUUCAAGGCCAUGAAGGUGCGUUUCGUGAAGCCGGUGUAUCCCGGUCAGUCUCUGCAGACAGAGAUGUGGAAGGAGAACAGCAGAGUUCACAUCCAGUGUACGGUGAAGGAAACCGGAGCCGUUGUGCUGUCUGGAGCUUAUAUAGAUCUACACCCUGCAGCAUCUGUGAGCGCCGGCCCGCCGCAGGCAUGUAGACACACACACACACACACACACACACACACACACACACACACACAUUCAGUUAGACACACACACACACAAACACACUCAGUCAGACACACAGAUGCUGAAGGUGUGUUUGCUCCACAGACGGAGCUGCAGAGUGAUCUGGUGUUCACUGAGAUCGAGCGCAGGAUUAAAGACUCAGGAGAGGAGCUGGUGAAGAAGGUGAACGCUGUGUUCGGCUGGGAGAUCACCACAGACGGAGAGACUCGCAGACACUGGACGGUGGACCUGAAGACGGGUCGGGGCUCAGUGCAGCGCGCCGCAGCUAAAGCAGACGUCACCUUCACCGUGUCGGAUCAGGACUUCAUGGAGGUGGUGAUGGGGAAACUGAACCCGCAGAAGGCCUUCUUCGCUGGUAAACUGAAGGUCAAAGGGAAUAUCAUGCUGAGCCAGAAGCUGGAGGCUGUGCUGAAGGACCAGGCCCGACUCUGAGCUUCACAAUCAUCACUGAUAUCUGCCAUUCAUUCACUCAUUAAAGAACAGGACACCUUUCUGUCUGCUCCUCAUAUUCUGAGGAACGCUGCCAUUCAGUCACCUCCACAGUAGAAUGCCAUGGAAAUCACUCAGCAUUCUUCAAAGUAUCUUCUUUUGUGUUCAAAGAAACUGAAAUAGUUUUUUAAUGUAAGAUAUCAUUAACAGUUUUGGGGUGAACCGUCUCUUUAAUACUGUACUGAUGCUGAACAAGAUAUAGAGAGAGCCUAAAUAACAUUAUUAAUAAAAAAUAAAACAUUAAAAAUCAAA